AACAUAAAUUUAGCAACUCUGAAGCGUUUCAAAAUUUAAGAGAUUUAUUAAUAAGAUAUGAUAUUACACAGAACUCAUUUUUUAAGAAGAUCUACGAUUAUAUGACUGUGUUUGAACUGAAAUUAAAAAAGGACAAUCAGAAGACAGCAAGCGUUGACAGAGAACUAAAGAAUAUGGCUAACAUAGAUAACUUUUCGAGAAAUAUAGUAACAAAUUUACGAAAAUUGACACAACUUGCUCAAAAUAUAAAUUCUCGGACGAAGAGAGAGGUAAUGAGAGACAAUGACGCUGUUGAAUAUUUGUUGAUGUUAAUGGAGUACUUGUUGAAACAGAACUAUUCUUUGGAUGCAGCACCUGCAAACGACGGCAUCGAUAUGCUUAUAGAAGCUAUAAAAAACGCUCCGGAUAUUAAACCGAUAAAGAAAAAAGUACUAGAGUACACACCAGCUAUAUUUCCAACAAGAACCGUUCCUGAAAAAAUAAAGAGGGUCAAAGGCAAGGCGAGAAAGACAACUACAAUAAAAAAACAAGUUGUAACAUCGAGGUUAGAUAAUCCAAAAUUUGUAGAGGCUGUCGAGGAAGAUAAGGAUUAUGAAGAUAAAUUCAUGUAUACGAGACGUGCCGUUGAUAGUGAGAGCGAAGGAAUGGAAAAUAAUGUUAAUACUGUUACCAGCAAAAUUGAUUCUAUCCCUGAAUAUUUAAAAGAAAGCGACUCAGAAGCAAUAAAUGAUAAUAAAAUAGAAAAAAUAGAAAUAAACGAUAACAGCGAAAGUAAAUUAGAUAAAUCAAAUACAAAAGAAAGAGUCCAAGAAAAGAAAUAUGACAUAUUUAAGGCUGAUCUUGGUGACUUUAUUGUUUUCGUUUCUUCGACAGCUCCACCGACGCAUCCUACUGCACAAGUUACUGCUAAAGCAACUGUCACAGUUGCAAAAACUACAGAAACGUCACCAGAAAUUGCUGACAAAAAGAUAGAGUGGAUCGACGAGAGUUACGAGAAAGAUAUCAAAGAAGAGCAGAAAGCAGAAACUACGAAACCGCCUGUAGUGGUAACGAGAACUAAAAAGGCCACUAGUAAAGAAGAAAACAUAAGUACCAUGACAAAAGAAAUAAAGACAGAAGUAAAGAAGAAGACUACAAGGGCAGAAGAUGUGGCGUAUAAAAAACAAAUGGAUUUACUGAACUCACUAGACUACGUGACAGAGAAAACAGAAUUCGACAUAGAAUCAAAGGACAUAGAAGAUCCAUUCCCAUCUUAUUUUGGUUAAGAUUAUAUGUUGUAAGACUGGUAUUCAUGUUUGAAAUUAUGUUUGAUUGCGAUUGCUCUGUUUAGACGUCCCAGAAGAUAUAUUGCAUGAAUCUUUAAAUAAUUAAAUUUUGCGUCAUAAUGCCCAGUAAAUAUUAUGCCAGCAUGUUCAAAGUUUACUUUGUUGAGAGAUAGCGUUAUUUGGUGGUAAGAUAUUUGUAUUCGGCCGGAUAACGUCUAUAUCCAGAGUUUAAAACCAGCAAUAGUGGCCAACUUGACUGUCGCGUUCCGGGCUCAGCCUGUGUUCAAACAGGCCGGCAUAAUUGUGUCGACUGG